AAACAUUGACAUAUAUGGGUCAAAACACUUACAUCUUUAUAUACAUAUCUAUCAGAACCAGUGAUAUUCAAUCUGCAGAUUGUCCGCGAAGACCGGCAUAACUUUCGUAUCUAUCACGACUUGGCAACCCUGUUCUUUACAUAACAAGAAGAAGAAGACUCAUCGACCCCAUCACACCGGGAUCCAAAAAUUAAGUUGCAUUUUCAUCGAAAAUAAUGGCCGGCACACAGUCAAAAGACGCCUGCAGCAUAUGCGACAAGGUGGGACUUAAGCCCUUCACCCGGGACAAUGUGUUCAACUACUACAUACCGCUGCACGGCCUGGUGAGCUACGGAGCCCUUGCGGUCAAUGUUAUGAACCCCCAGAUCGUGCCCAAAAUCCUGCCCAAGAAGGACCUGACGAACGUGUUCCUUAUCUCCGCGGUGGUGGGCAGUGCCUUCUACAUAUACGGCCGACCCCACCUGAAGGACGUGAAGAACAACAAGCGAGGUGCGUACGCCCUGCUGGGCGCCACCCUAUUCUCCAUGGGAUCCGUACUGGCCUGGGCGCUCAUCAAGUCCGCCCUGCCACAGGACAACGCGCUGCUGGCGACCCUGGCGGGCUUGGGAACUGGCGCCGCCAUCGUGAAGGUCGGCACUGAUUACAUUCAGGACGUGGACAAGCUGCAGAAGAACUAGGUGAUCUAAUCGAUUGAACUGAACUGAGGUAUCCGAACCCAAAACUGGGUUAGUACUGUAAUUGCUGUCUUGGCCGUACAUAGCUCGUAAUGCAAUAUUAUCUCCCGCAUAUUUGAAUAAAAUUAUACUAUAAACCGGA